CAAGGGUAUUUAAACGGCAUGCUUUGAAAAGCUGCUUGUUGGAAGCUCCCUGUUUAUGACAGCCUGAUCAGAUAGAAGCUGGAGAUCAGUUUAAAAAUGGAGAACACUAUGCACGAUCUCUAUGAGGACAAGGUGCGACCCUACCUUGAUUUCAUCGAUACCCUGCGAGCGCUAGGUGUGGAUCAGGAGCUGCCGUUACCCACCAUCGUGGUCAUCGGUGACCAGAGUUCUGGGAAAAGCUCAGUGAUUGAGGCUCUGUCUGGUGUAUCUCUACCAAGAGGUGGUGGGCUUAUGACGCGGUGUCCUCUGGAACUGAUCCUAGAACAUGUCAGUAAGGAUGAAUGGAAAGGAGAGAUCACUUACAAGAACUAUGAGAAAAAGCUUAAAGACCCUUCUGAGGUGGAGAGAGAAAUUAAAACAGCUCAAGAUACUCUGGCUGGCAAGAACAACGAAAUCAGCACUGAGCGGAUCACCCUGAAGAUCGAGUCCAGAACAGCUCCAGAUUUAACCCUCAUUGACCUGCCAGGAAUAGCCAGAAUUGCAGUGGGAAAUCAGUCACAUGACAUAGAGAAGACAAUAAAGACCUUAAUCAACUCUUACAUCAGGAAGGCAGAAACAAUAAACCUGGUGGUCAUUCCAUGCAACACUGACAUCACUACAGCUGAAGCCUUACAAAUGGCCAGAGAAGUGGAUCCUUCAGGAGAGAGAACUCUGGCUGUGCUAACGAAACCAGACCUGAUAGACAAAGGAGCUGAAGAACAGGUGACCAAGCUGCUCCGGAACGAGGUUGUGUACCUGCAGAAAGGCUACUCGAUUGUCAGGUGUCGCGGACAACAGGACAUUGAUGACAGGAUGUCCUUGUCCGAAGCCCUUAAACAGGAAAUUGAGUUUUUUAAAUCCCAUAAGCAUUUCAGGCGACUGCUGGAUGAGAAGCAGGCAUCUGUGCCCUCCCUGGCAGCCAGACUCACGAGUGAGCUUGUCCAUAAGAUCAAGAAAUCCCUUUCGACAAUUGAAUCCCAGCUUCAGAGUAAAGCCGAGGAGACCAACCAGGAACUGGCAUCAAUGGCAGAAGCACCAUUGGAUGAUUCUGGAAAAAAAACCUUACUGAGCCGGAAAAUAAGAGAAUUCUGCAAUGACAUCAUUGCCCUGGCAUCUGGAGAUUUUUCCCAGGUUUUUGUGAGCGAUUUGAAGCUGUUCCCCUUUAUUCGAGAGUGUUUUGAGAAGUGGCACAGCUAUCUGGAACAGCAGGAAUCAGAUUUAGAGACUAGUGAGGAGUUCCGUAACAAGGCAGAAGAUUAUGUUGAAAGCAGCCGUGGAAGACAGUUGCCAGGAUUCUUACACUACGGAGUUUUUGAAUCUACAGCCAAACGUCUUAUCAUGAAAUUAGAGAAACUUGCUCUGUCCAUGCAGAAAGAAAUUUCAGAUAAGGUGAAGUCUAUGCUUACCAAAUUGGCUUAUGAGCAUUUUUUUGGAUUGCCCAACUUGCUGAAGGAGACAAAGGUUAUAAUUGAUAAAAUCCGCCAAAUACAAGAAGUGGAGGCCGAGCAGAUGAUAAAGACGCUCUUCAGGAUGGAGUCAAUGAUUUAUACACAGGAUGCGACUUACAGCUACAGGCUGGAGCUGAUGGAGAACACAAAGGAAGGCGCUAUGCAGAUUAGAAACAAGGGCCCGAUGAGUAGAAAAUCAGAAGUCUCACUUCUGACAACCCAUCUGAAAAUCUAUUACAAGAUUGCUUCCAAUCGUCUGGCGGACCUUGUGCCCAUGGCUAUCAAGUACUACCAGAUACAGGAGUCGACCGCCAAGCUGCAGGGAGAGAUGCUCAGUAUCCUCCAGAAGAGGGACCAGGUGGAGGAGCUGGUGGAGGAGGAGGAAACUGCAGCAGAGAAGCGCCGAAAUGCCAUGGAGCGUCGAGAGCGUCUGAACAAAGCAUGCUUGGCUUUGAUCAAAUUCUAAUCAUCAUGUUAAUAACACUGUGUUUUUAUCAAUAAACCCGUAACUCAU